AUGGAUUUAAAUCAAGGAAGAUCUAGCAGGAUUGAUGGGCUAGAGAUGCUAAGGAAGAUCGAGAGCCUUCUAAGUCGAUUUGAAGUGGCUCGUGUAUCGCAUUCAUAUAGACAAACUAAUAGGUGCACUGAUGCGUUGGUCAAAGCUGAAUAUAGGUUGAAUUCUUAUAUGUUGAAUCUCUCGUCAACUCCUAGAUUCAUUGAGGAGUUACUUGUAAAAGAUAAGUUGGGGGAUUUCACCUCUAGGAAGGUGUUCUUAUAA